AAGCAUUUAUUUAAUAGCACAAGUCAUUUCCUUUGAGCACAAUGUUUAGGACACCUUUGAUUUUUCUCAUGUUAUGGACACAGAUGGUUAAAGUGGAGUCUACUUGUGAUACUGAACUUCAGAAUGGGCUCUUCCAAGAUCUUCUUAAUAUGAUGUUGAAGAUUAAAGGCCCUAGUUCUGCAGAACCGUCUACCUGUAACUGCAAGAAGAUUGUAAUUGCUUUCACAGCUUCGCUGUCAGCUACAAAAUCCAUUGGCUCAGGUGCAGUUGUUAAGUUUGAUAAAGUUUGGACCAACGAGGGGAAAGGAUAUGACCCAAAUUCUGGAAUCUUCACAGCACCAAGGAAAGGAUUCUAUCAAAUAUCUGCAACAACAAUGUCUCCAAAUGGAAAAUACUUCUAUUCAUAUCUUAUGAAAAAUAAUGAAAAAAAUGUAGGAGUAUACACAGGAAAAGGCUUUCAUACAGGUUCAGCUAACAUUGUUCUCAAAUUAAAGAAAGGAGACCGUGUGUACAUAAAACACCGUAGCAACACCGAGGAAAUCUACAGUGAUAGUGAUCAUUGGAGCAUGUUUUCUGGCUUCCUUAUUUCUGAAUGAAAUAUGAAGCAAUAA